AUGGGGAAGCAGCGCAUUCUUGAGGUCAAAGUGAUCUCCGCAAGAUAUCUCCACAAAGUCAACUUCCUCCGCAAGAUGGACGUCUACGUCGUCGUUUCCAUCUCCGGCCACCCCGCCACCAAGCAGAAGACCCCUGUCGACCGAGGCGGCGGCAAGAACCCCUCCUGGAACUCCUCCUCCGCCAUGCGAUUCCCCAUUGACGACGUCGUCCUCCGCCAGACCAUGGUCUUCAACCUCCGCUGCCUACGCACCCUCGGCGACGAGGACGUCGGCGAAGUGCACGUGCCGGUCUCCGAACUCGCAGCCUCCGCCACCUCCGGCAAAUCCCAGUUCGUCACGUACCAGGUCCGGAAGCCAUCGGGCAAGCCCAAGGGCGAACUCUACUUCUCGUAUCGCUGGGCCGACACCACCGCCGUGGCGCCGCCGACGGAAGCAAAGUUUCAGGAACCCGUCAAGCUUUAUCCUGAUGUGGGCCCCAUUGCUGCGUACCAUCAUCAGCCUCCGCCUCCGCCGUAUGCGGCUGCAACGAUCGGGCAAUAUCCUCCAGCACCCGAUGGAUAUUCGGCUGACCCGAUGGCGGGAUGUGGGUACGGGUACGGAUAUCCGCCACCAUCUCAGGGUGGAUACUUGUACCCGGCGCUUCCGCCGGGUUACAUGUAUCCGUCGCCGCCCCUAACAUACGGGUGUCCGUAUGUUCAAGAGUCAAUGAAUAGUUAUAAUAAUUUCACAUACAGAUAUUAG